AUGGCAGUGCUGAGCCUGGAGGUCCUUCGGGUGCUUCGUCCCGGCGGGAGCCACUCUCUCCACAGCAGCUGCGCGAGUGGUUUGCUCGGCGCUAGAGCCGUGCUGCUGGAGCUGGUGGUUCUCCGGGCGCUGGAGGCCGUGCUGCUACUCGAGGUCCUGAUGCUGCUGGAGCUGCAGGGGGUUGUGGGGCCACGGGUCCCGGAGGUGCUCGUACUUGAGGCACUGGAGCUGAUGGGCCUCGUUGUGCUCCUGGAAAUGGAGCUGCUGGAAGUGCUAAAGCUGGCGGUGCUGCUGGGGCAGGAGCGGCUGGAGGUACUGGAGCUGGAGCUGCUGGCGCUGCUGGAGCUUCUGGUGGUCCUGCUGGAGAUGGAGCUGUUGGGGGUGCUGGAGCUGGAGGUGCUGCUGGAGCCGGUGCUCCUAUGGGUGCUGGAGUUGGCGCUUCUGGUGCUGCUGGAGGUGCUGCUGGAGCUGGUGGUACUGCUGGAGUUGGAGCUGCCACUGGGGGUGCUGGUUCUGUCCCUGCUGGUUCUGGAGGCGCAACGCGGCCGCGGCCGUACUACGUUCCACUCCUUCAGCAGGAUCUUAUCACAGUUACAGCCCGCCUCCCCACUGCCUGCUCCUUCUCCUUACACUGGUCCGACCGGAGGUCCUGCUGAGCGUCGUGAGCCUGCGUCUCGUCCUGCGUCGCCUGUUCGUGCUGCUAGCACUAGUCGUCGUGGUUCGCGUCAGCGUCCUCCUCCUGUCCCUUGCACGCACCGAAUGGCUCUGCGCCCUUCCACUGCUCCACAGCGUGUCCCUCUGUCGUCUCCUCCUGCGUCCUCUCUUCUUGACCUUUCUGACCCAGACUCUGACUCCCUUCGUGCUGCUAGUCCUACUGUCACGCGUCUCCUGGCCGCUGUUGUCACUGACCCUUCCUUUGAGUCCACUGUUGCGUCUGCCUUAGUUGCUGAGCUUGUCGACUUUGCUGCUCGCUGUCGUCUCGACUACGCCGCUAGUCUUGUUGCUGAGUCUGCAUCUAUCUAUCCUCCGUCCGUCGGGGGUGAGUGUGCUCUUGGCACGGACGUCCUUGAGGACAGGCAGGAGGAGUUUGAGUGCUUUGUAGCUGCUGUACCCCAUCUCGUGUCCAUGCAGAUUGCACCUGAGGGAGACCCGGAUGCACCAGACAUCCCGACCCCGCGCUCUUACGCAGAGGCGAUAGAGGGUCCCUACUCCUCUCAGUGGCAAUCAGCCAUGGAUGCAGAGAUGGCAUCAUGGAAGUCCACAGGCACUUACGUCGAUGAGGUUCCCCCUCCUGGGGCGAACAUUGUCAGUGGCAUGUGGAUUUUCAGGGUGAAGCGGCCGCCGGGUUCUCCGCCUGUCUUCAAGGCGCGUUACAAUGCUCGAGGGUUCAGUCAGCGAGAGGGAGUUGACUUCUUCCAGACCUUCUCCCCGACCCCGAAGAUGACCACUCUUCGGGUUCUGCUGCACGUCGCUCCUCAGCGUGACUACGAGCUUCACUCUCUUGACUUCAGCACCGCUUUCCUACAGGGCAGCCUGCACGAGGAGAUCUAG